GUGCGGAGUACGUGUACAACAGCAAGGAGGAAGUGAAGUCUGGGCUUCGAGAACUGGCACGAAGCGCAACAUUCGGGGAUCCGCCGCCUUGUAUGGCACAGUGUGAGCAGUGAACGACGUGUGCACGUGAGGAGGCACUGGGGCCGUCUGGCUAGCAUCCGAGACUCGGUGUUCGUUCGGGCUCGCCGAUGUCGCGUACUAAUAGGAGGUAGGAGGGGAGGUAGGAGGUAGGAGGUACCAACAAUCUAAUCUAGGAGGUAGCAGAUUUAAUGAUACCUGAAUAAUUCAUCCAGACUCGUGAGACUUGUUCACUUGGAAUAUUCCACCUGUAGAAACAUCAGUAUUCGUCAUGCCGACCACCACUGGCGCAACAGUGAAGGCUGCGCCCAGAAGUGGCAGAAUCGUGGUGCUCCCUGGAGACCACAUCGGACCCGAGGUGGUCACAGAAGCGCUGAAAGUGUUGGACAUUGUAGAAGCUGCCACCGGACUUCACUUGGAGCGUGACUUUGAUCUUUGUGGCGGCUGCUCGCUAGACGUACACAACGACUCCGUCACAGAGGAGGUAUUGAAGAAAUGCGAGCAAGCUGAUGCCGUCUUUUUCGGCUCAGCAGGGGGUCCAGAAUGGGGUACGAGUCAGCCCAACCCAGAGUCUGGCCUGUUGAGGAUCCGGAAGAGGUUGCAGGUCUUUGCCAAUCUCCGACCUUGCAAAUUUGCGUCAAAGACAAUGGUGGACUGGUCGCCGAUCAAGCGAGAAGUCAUUGAAGGUGUCGACUUUAUGCUCAUCAGAGAGAACUGUGGCGGGGCAUAUUACGGGAACAAGAUCGAACAAGAAGAUUAUGCAAUGGACCCCUGGGAGUACAGCAGGGCAGAGAUCGAGCGUGUCGCUCGUGUUGCUGGGGCCCUCGCACUACAGACUGAUCCUCCUCAACCUGUGUUUAGCGCCGACAAGGCAAAUGUGCUUGCGAAUUCCCGAGUGUGGCGACGGAUCGUGACUGAAGUCUUUGAGAAGGAGUUUCCGCAAGUGAAGCUUCAACACCAGCUCGCUGAUUCGCUCGCUCUGCGCCUGAUCACCUCUCCGACGGCGUUUAACGGUAUCAUCGUGACGGAUAACACGUUUGGCGAUAUUCUCAGCGAUGAGAGCGGAGGUCUGACCGGCAGCCUGGGAUUACUCCCCAGUGCUAGUCUUGCAGGCGCACCAGGCACUCGUCUUGGUCAGAACAGCGUGGGAGGUGUCGUUGGUCUGUAUGAGCCCGUGCAUGGCUCCGCUCCUGAUAUAUCGGGAAAAGGUUUGGCAAACCCAGUAGCUCAAGUCUUGAGUUUGGCGAUGAUGCUGCGGUACUCUUUCAGCAUGUAUCGCGAGGCGGAUAUCAUCGAGCAGGCAGUGGCGAAAGUCCUGGACUCGAAGGAAGAUGGUGGGCUCGAGAUUAGAACUGGCGAUUUGGGAGGCAAAGCAACGACCAAGGAUAUGAGUGAGGCGAUCCAGAGCGAGGUCAAGCGUCUGCUGAGCGUAUGA